AUGGAACAUCCUUUACAUCUACAAUCCAGGAUGAAAAUUAUAGUUAAGUGGGGGCGGGAGAAGCUUGAAGUCGACGCUGAUACAGAUGAGCCACCUUUAGUUUUUAAAUCACAGUUGUUUGCACUGACUGGAGUAAUGCCUGCUCGACAAAAAGUUAUGAUCAAGGGUAAAAUCCUUGGUGAUGAUAGCUGGAGUAGAUUUCAUCUAACAGAAGGUGCUCAGAUAAUGAUGAUGGGCAGUGCUGAAGCCGUACCCGAAGCUCCCAAAGAGCGAACACAGUUUAUAGAAGACAUGACAGAGGCUCAGGCGUCUGCUGCCUUGAACCUUCCUGUUGGAUUAAAAAAUCUUGGAAACACAUGUUAUAUGAAUGCAACGCUUCAAUGUUUUAGAGUGAUACCGGAGCUUAAAGAAGCUCUUUUCAAAUUUCAAGGUGGUGCUCAAUCUUUAGUUCCUUCUGAGGCAGGUGCUAGUACAAUUACGGGGGCUGUACGGGAUUUGUAUAGAAUGAUGGAAAGCGAAUCCUCAAAAAGAGUGGGAAGUGUCAUACCAUUGUAUAUGAUUCAGGCUUUACAUACUGUAAUGCCACAGUUCUCUACGCGUGAUGAUCAUGGUCAGUGGAUGCAGCAGGAUGCUAAUGAAUGCUGGACUGAACUUUUACGAAAGUUUCAGACUCAGCUAAAAGUUGAAGGAAGCGAAGCAAGUCCAGCAAGUUCCGUAGUUACUCAGUUCAUGGAAGGCCGUUUCCACGUCACAAUGAAAAAUUUGGAAACAGAGGAAGAACCAGUAUCUGAGUCCAGCGAGAAGUUUCUUCAAUUGAGUUGUUUUCUGAGUCAAGAGGUGAAGUACGUUCAACUGGGCAUUAAAGGAAAGCUUACCGAAGAAAUAGAGAAAUUAUCAGGAGUACUUGGUCGUAAUGCUAGGUAUGAAAAGAAAGCCCUUAUUGACCGUUUACCUGGUUAUCUUUGUAUACAAAUGGUUCGAUUUUUCUAUAAGGAAAAGGACAAGGUGAAUGCAAAAAUUUUGAAAGAUGUGAAAUUUCCUAUUAACCUGGAUAUGUUUGACAUGUGUACUCCAGAACUUCAACAAAAGUUUCUUCCAAUGCGAGACGCUUUUAAGAACGAGGAAGAAAGGAAAUUAGAGGCAUUGCGCCUUUCUAAAACUGAAGAUAGUACCAAAGAAGAAAAGAAGAAACCAGAUAAAGAAGCCAGAUAUGCACCUUUUAGCUUUGAGGACGACCCGGGAUCAAAUAAUAGUGGCUUUUACGAGCUUCAAGCAGUGUUGACUCAUAAAGGAAGAUCGUCUAAUAGUGGACAUUAUGUUGCCUGGGUUUGCGUUGGGGAAGACCACUGGGCUAUGUGUGACGAUGACGAAGUGCAUCCUGUUACUAGUGAGGAUGUCGCGAAGCUGUCUGGUGGUGGAGAUUGGCACUGCGCUUAUUUAUUGCUUUACGGUCCAAGGCGACUGAAGUUACAUUAA